UCGAAAUAACCUCUGAGUGUACGUCGUUGGCGAUUCUUUUUUUAUUUUCUGAUAAAAUAGAAUAUGUUUCUAAGUUACGGUCGUAGGUCACUUGGUUGUACAAUAAUAGUGCGUCUUGACUAUUCUAUGAGCGCUAUGAAUCCUGUAUGUGAUUUUACGUUUAAAUCCGGGUAAUUCAAUACUUAAACAAUAACAUUGGAAUUUAUUAUUUUUGUACUGCGCAAAUAUUAAAUGGUAUAUGUUGACAAUUGUUCUUCUAUUUAUUUAUUUUAAUCGGAAUGGCGUCGUCUGCGGAAGCGCAAGAUAGGUCUAGGCUGUAUAAAUUCACUAAGGUACUGGCACUGAAGGUGGCUCAAAUUGUGGUUCAAAGUAGACAAGGAAAGAAAAUCACUCACGAAUGCAAUGUGAUAAAGCCGCUUGAUAACGGGCUUUCAGCUUCUCCAACUGGCUUACAGUGGUUCAACUUGUCUGUCCCGGAUGAACCCCAAGUCAACUGUGACACAAAACAAGUGCUCAAUGGAGAGGUUGUAGCUGCACUAUCAAACAUGCUCUGUAUUGAGAUAUCAUUGAAAACUACUGACGGAGAUGAAAUGGUCCUGGAGAUAUGGACAGUACGGAUGGCUCCAGGAUGUGAUGCAAGCAUGUCAUCAGUUUCAGCAAUAUACUACCGCAUGAGUGUCAUGCUUAAAUCGACACUGAGCAUUUCACGCAUAACACCUGCAUAUAAGAUGUCUAGAGCACAGAAUAGAGAGAAUUACAAGAUUUACCACAAAAUUUAUGGAGGGCCUUUAAACUCUGAUUUAUUAGGUGAUGAAUAUAAGAAGAUUAAAAUUAGUGAACUAUGCACACCUAUUGGCACUUUGAUUAUAGAAGUUGCAUAUCGCACCAAAAUGACAAUACUUCCAGAUAGCCGACGUAGAGUGUUAGAACACCAACCACCUACUGAAAGUGAUAUCAUGGUCAAAAGUGAUCACUUCCCUAUGGAAAGCCCUAGGAAACACAAUGAGAAGAAGGAGGUAGACUUAAACAAGCCCUUGACUGCGGGUGCAUUUGUAGAUGCUGAAAAGAUUAGAGAGUUGCAUGACGCCCUGCAGCAACAACUGCCCCCAGAACCACCCAUGAGCUGGUUGUUGGCAGAGAAGGAGAAGAUGGAAAAGAGGCUGAAGAUAGCAGCUGCUGACAAAAUCAAUAUGAAUAAACCCGGGAGUAGUACUGAGGGAGCAUGUUAUGCGCCAGUUACACCUAGUAAGGCUAUAGAGGUGCCGAGGAAAGAUGACAAAUAUGCUAGUCUUAUGGAUUUCCCAUUUGCGGAUGGCAGUCCUAUCACCGAGCUAGCGAACUUCUAUCAGGAGUGUCUGCAGGCGAGGUCUGCGAGUGAGGAGUGGACAGAUGUGGCUGGAGAGGCUUCGGGCUCCACUGACUCCGAGUCACUCUCGCAGCAGCUCAAGAUGUACGAGGAAGCGGUGCCAGAGUUUGACAAUAUGGUCGCCUCAAUGUUCACCAACUCAGACCACGGCUCAGACACUUAAGGAGGUAAGACUGGAAUAAACUCUGCCUUUUUGUUUCUUUAAUCUCUUAAUUGCACUUUUCAAUCACUUUGUUUGAUUUGUUUUUUAAUAAUUAUGAUAAAUUAUUGUAGCAUAUUGCAAUUAGCUGUGAAUUAUGUUUAUAUAAAUGGUAAUAACAUGCACAAAAUGCAGUGUAUAUUCAAUUCAUAAAAAUAUAAGAAAGACAACAUAACAGUGCAGUUAAAAUAAGCGAUAAGCGAAACCAAAAUUUGUGAAAAUAAGGCUUACAUGGGUUAUUUAUUGCGUAAAUUAUUAUAUCUGUGGGCUUUUUUGAGUAUAUUGUAGGUAGAUUUAUUUUCUACAAACAAUAUUUAUUUGGAAAAGUAUUUUGUAUUGGGCAUUGUCGUCGAGCUUAGCGAAAGAUUGAUGUUUUGUAUUUAUAAUGUUUGGAAUUAAAAAUAAUAUCAACAAAAGUAUAUAAUAUCAGUUAAAAAAAGUUUAUUAAUGUAAAACUAUCUUGUAAGAUUACGAUAAAUAAUUCCAUCAAGUGAAAAAUUUAUUAAUGUCCAAAUUAUGCUAUUGUUGUAUGUAUACUCAAUCGCGAAAUUAUGGUUUCAAACAUACGAACUAAUUAGAUAUUUUUAUAAACUUGUCGACCAUGUGGGUAGACCUGUAAAAUACAAAAAAUCCUUACCUAGGUAACUAGGACAUUUUAUGAUUAUUUAUUUGUAUUAAAGCUGACACAAAGACUUGUAUUUUAGACUAAUACAAACUUUUUGUGCCUUAUCUAUCAUCACAUCAGCGAAUUAAGUUAUGUAAUGCUAUGUUGAUUAUGUCAAGUGCCAACUUUUAUUUUAACAUGUAUAAUUUUAAUUUUGUUUUAUCAAUAAAUGUACCUAUAAGAAAUAAUUAUAAUUGAAUAAUUUUCGAGAGUGUUUGUGUACAUUAAAGCUAUGUUAUGUUGACUUGAAGCAUAUUCUUAUCUUGAAAUCAUGUUCAUGACCUUGUUGAAUUUUCGUAAUUUUAUUUUUAUUAUUAUAUAAUAAUAAAUACUCAAUUUAAGUUGCUAGUCUAUUGUAAAGAUUUAUCCUACACGUUCGUGAGAAUGGCGCGGCGGGAGAUUGGCAUUUGCUGCGAAUUAUGAUGACUAAUUGAUUAGUGAACACACUGCAUUUCAGUUGCCUAAAGUCAAUCAAGAAAUUGACAAUUUCCUUGAUUAAUAUUUAUCAUUAGCGUUGCAUUAAACGCCUGGAGAGUGCCAAACGUUAGGUCUUUGAUAGGUACUUAAGUGUUGCAACAUAAAAAAAUAUUAUCGUGUUAAAAACUUUAGUAUAAUAUACAAAUGUUAACAAAUGUAGGUAUGAAAAUAUUAUCUUACUGCUAAAGCCCGAAUAGUGGCAAAUGUCAGUUACAUCAACUUUACUAGGAUAAAAAUAUUCAAAUUAAAAAAAGCUGUGCGCCUCGUUUGAAGCCAGACACUGGCUUAGCUUGCCCCCUUGCCACGUCGUUUUCGUAAAAUGUUCUUAUCAAUCCCAACAAAAACGUCACAUGUCCAGGCCAGCCCAUGAUAUAAACCAGGUAUGCUCAAAAGUGACAGCUUAAUAAGAUUAGCCCAGCUGACGUCAUCCCACCUUGCUUGCCAUUUCGUAAAAAAUAAAUAACCCACGACCAAUGUUUCUAAUUUACCUACUUUGCAACGCAAUUGUGAACUUUUACUAAAAUAUUUAAUUUUAAUGAUUUUUAUAUAUGUGACAAUUAAUAGUAAUUAAAUACAUAAGUCACUAAUUCCUUAAUUUUCAAUGAUAAAAGGAGAUUGACCAAAAUUGGUCUAAAUGUCCACCACAAACGAGACCCAAAAUAGACCAUUAAAUACUGAGUAUAAAAUACCAAAAGCUUGGCAAGACGAAUCGAACGAGCUCCAAUUCGACAUUGUUGUGUGGUAUUAUAACAGAGUUUUGUCAGCACCUUCCGGCUCCAUCAUCAGAACCAGAGAGCAUGUCAAAACAAAUCAAACAACCCCGAAUCAGUUGAAAUGUCGGUUCGGAAACUUCGGGGCAAUGAUGUACUUAGAAAAUAUUUUCCCAUGAAAAGGUUAUAAAACGUGAUUUUUCAUUUAGCCAUAACUUUUAACUGACAGGUAUUAUCUACUCAGUAUUUAGUAGUCUAUUUCGGUACAUAGGUCUCGUUACUGGUGGAUAUUUGGACCAAGUUCCAUACAACUUUGGUCACUGACCUUUACGCCCUUGGAAUGUUGGAGAUACCAAUUUAAUGGUAACACUUACGUCAUCAAACGGCUAAAUGGCGACUUUUCUUAGGAUUGAGCAUACUUGGCUUUCUUAUACCAUGGUCCAGGCUGGGUCCACUAAGUACUCCGCUAUGAUAUAUACAUAAACUCACACCCGUAAUCCCUAAUGGGGUGGGCAGAGCCACAAGUAAUCAAAGACAAGUUGCAGCCACUGUUGAUACUCCGCUAUGACCUGUGUAAUAAACAAAUGUCAAGUUGCAAUAUUGCUUUUUAGAUAAAUUGCGUCAAUGUGGCAUUUUAGACCCCUGGAUCUGAAGCAGCCAAGGUAGCUUGUAGGUACAAGUUGCACAUUACUGAACUCCUAAACGGCUUUCAGCAGGCACAAUACGCGUCGAUUCGUGUUGGUCAGUUUCUAAAUAUUUUAUAAGCUUAUUUAUUUUAUACAGUUAAACUGUAUUUAGUUGGUCAUUUCUUAGUUUAAGUUUUUGUUUAUUUUUUUUUACAUUUCCCAUCGUGUACUCUGAACUAGGUAGUUACUGAAACGCAGUGUGUAUUUAUCAUAUUCGCAGUAAAUAACUUGAUUGGGUGCUAGUUUCGCAGGAGAUUUUGAUAUUUGCAUUUAGAAAAUUCAUUGCAUAUAAAAAUGUGCAAAUGAAGCGUAUGGCGGUAUAUGUGUUAACAUUCGAUACCCCACCUAAUAAAUUAAUGUUAUUAAGAUCUGUCACUUGAUCAUAAAAAAUAUAUUGUUAUAUUUUGUAAUUUAAGCUUUUUGAUCGACUGAUAGUGAUCAAUAUCGUUCAACAACGGUCCUUGUGCUUUGUGAAUAUUUGUGAAUUUUUGAUAACUUUAUCGCUCGUUGAUUGACUCGAUUCAUUAGAUAAAUCUUAAUUUUUUAAGACUACGCUUUUCAAUAAUUUAAUAUUUGCUGUGCAAUAUCAUGAUAAUUAAUGUGAAGGAUAUCAAGAAAAGGUAGAUUUGACAGAAGGACCUCUAUCGGCCGAUCACAGUCUGCUGUGGCCUAGUAAUCAAUACAUAUUCCGUAGGUUUUAUAUAAUCUCCUGUGAACAUAGAAAUAGACUUAAUUAAGUGGUUAUUACAUGUUCGCUGUAUGAAUAGUCCUGACUGGGCGCUUUAUGUGUACUAUAUCAUCGUACUUUCCUGUAAUAAGGGCGUUAAGUCCAACGCACACAGAGGCCUCACGGGGAGCAUACCAGGUUGGGCUUCUUUUUGUAAAGUUCGAGCUUGUGCACAUUUUUGAAAGUCCCUCGGCAAACGUCGCAUUUCCGAAUAUGAAUUCUCAUUUCAUGUUCAUAAAUUAUUAGAUUUAUCGUGUACCAGAAUUUGAAUUCAGAACAACACAAUAUUAUGAUAUUAAAUAAAUCAAUAAAUUAAUAUUUUAUCAAAGUUUUACAUUGGUACUUAGUUCCGAAUUCAAAUUCUGAUACACGAUAAAUCUAAUAUUUGAUGAUCAUUCGUUUGUAUUCAGAAAUGCAAUGAUAGACGAGGGAUAUUAAGAAAAUAGAAGCACAGUACAUGCGUUCUCACGGAACGUAACCGGCUCGCGAUCCUCCCGGUACCGCCUCUGUGUGCAUUGGGGUUUAGCAAACUAACUGCAUACGGAUUGCAAAUGAACUGCGAAAAUCUUAACAUUGACAAUUAUCAUAUUAAAGGCAGGUCCCUUUAUUAUUUUAUUGUAAAUUCGUUUCUCGUCUAAUAUAAUUGGUAGUGUUUAUAAAAAAAUGAGGGCCAGACGACACGAAAGUGGCACGGGAUCACCUGACACUGACUGGCAUCUGCUGAGCGUGUGGUAGACCUUGCCGCUCCCGCGUUGUGUCGUAUAGUCAUGAGAAAAAAGUGCUACUUUAUAAAUCACCUCUAAGAGAUGAUGAUGGAAAUAAUGAUAACAUAACCAGGCUAUAUACAUCCCACUGCUGGGCAUAGGCCUCCCCUCAAUCAACCGGAGGGGGUAUGGACUAAUAGCGCGGACCAACGGCUUAAUGUGCCCUCCGAAGCACGGAAUCAUCUUACUUUUUUGGACAAUCAGGUGAUUCAAGCCUGAAAAGUCCUUACCAAACAAAGGACAGUCUCACAAAGCGAUUUCCACAAUGUCCCCAUCGGGAAUCGACCCCGGACCUACAGAUCAUGAGCCUAGCGCUCUAACCAUGGGACCACGGAAGCUGGAGGAAAUAAUGAUAAUGGUUGUUAAUAGCUGGAUACCUUCUAAUUUGCUUUAUUCCAAUUAAAACUUGGUUAUUGAUAUGAUUUAUAUAAUCGUUUAGAACUAGACUCAACCCUUAGGUCCGGAAUGAUUAAGGGAUAAUUUUAUUAUAUGGUUACCUAUAUGUUUUUGCAAUUCAUUUGUACUCCAUAUUCAGCAAGUGUGCCAUUGCUCUUAACUAUUUGAAUACUUAGAGGUAUUAUUAUAGGCUAUUUGUAUAUUUAUCGAAUAUAAGAAUAAAUAAAAAAGCAUUUAGCUAUGAA